UUUAUUUCAUUCCUGCAGUUGAUGAGGCCUUCUUAGGAGCGGCAUUGGAGCUGUCGUUGUUCUUUCAACUCUAAGAAUGGCAAAGCUUAAAACUAAGAUAGCCAUCUUAGCUGUACUAGGUGUUGUUUUAGCAGUGUUUUAUCCGAAGAUCAAAGCGGUGUACGGGAAACAUGUAAAACCUCAUGCAGACAUAGCCGCGAAUGUUGUUAAAUUCAUCAAAGAUUUCCACAUUUUUGGCUAUCACAUCCCGUGGAAAUAUGUGCUUCCUGGAUUUGCCAUAUUUGUUGCCAUUCAGCUGUUUAGGAGGAGACGUAGGCUAAAGAAGCUUGCAGAGGAACAGAAGAAAAAAGACCAAACCUUUAUGACUGAGGAGGAAGCACGUCAAGUGCAUACCACAAACCAUGUCCCAAAACCUGAGAGCCUUGACAUCAAACCGGCCUGCAACCAAGCAGACCUGUCAAUUGUUGGAAACCGUGUACGGACAUACUUGUAUUGGCCUUCAACAAGCUCAGUUAAUGUUUUUGAACUAGCAAGAGCUGGCUUUGUGUUUACCGGUAUAGACGAUAUUGUAAAAUGCUUUAAGUGUCAGGGCACCCUUAAAAAAUGGAAGCCCGGAGAUGAUCCCUUGGAGGGUCACAAAGAGUUCUAUCCUGAUUGUCCACAUGUUGUGGCUCUUGAAGAAGUAAAAAAGCCAAUUAAUACUGAAACCCAACUGGAAGACCUGCUAACUGUUUGUGAUGGAGUAAGCCAUCGUCUGCAGCAGUUGCGUGCAAUUCAGAGUAAGGCAACUGGAGUAGAGCCAGCUAAGAAGCAUCUAACAGAGUUGCAGAAGCGGUUAGACACUACAGAACGCACAAUGCACCUUGUUAUGAAACAGAUGGAAGCUGUAACUAAGUGUCUGGCUAAAACACUGGCUGACGAUCCAGCUAUGAGUGGUGAUAAAUCCUUAGCAGAGAUCACAGAGGGACUUGUCAACUUAAAAGAAAGCAAUGUUUGAUGGGGUUCAUUCUGUAUUCGAACACUACAGAGCACUUGCACUUCUUAAAGUUCCCCUCACUAGUGAAAUAGCCUUUUUAGGAAAUGAUUGCAGGCAUGUACUGUGAUUGGCCAGAUAUGGCAGAGCUCUUUCAUUGUCAAUAAGUGCAACUAUGAAAAAUAAUUUUGCAAGAUAAAUUUCCCUAAAAAUUUUGGGUACAAUAACAAAUAGGGAUGACAGAAAGAACUUGCUAAUUAUAAUAAAAUCACAUGAGAAGUAAUAGUGCCAAGGGUGUCAGAUGGCUCCUAUUGCUGAUGAAAAUUAAUUUUGAAUGAAAAAGGAACUUUUUUAUCACUGAAUACAUGUAAGAAAUAAGAAAAUACACAGAAAAUAACUCUUUUAUUGUCAAAUAAUUGGUUAUUAUUAGCUUGUUGAACAUGAAAUGAGGAUACUGGUUGUCCAAAUUUGUGCAAAUUCAAAAAAGUUUGAAAUAACAUCAAAUGAGUAUUGAAAGGUUUUUGUCAAGCUGUAAUGCAUCACAGAUUUAUCUGACUAUUUAUUUCAAGUUAUCUUAUUUAUGCACAGCAGUAGCUAAGUUAUUUAUUAUCUAGUAUGUGUAAAGACUAAACAGUUGUUUAUUGAAAAUAGACAUCAUGUAAUGAUCUUAUAUUAUAUAGAUAUUAUUGUAUGAAAUAUAGGGGAGACAACAACUAAAAUUUUACCCUUUAAUUUUGCCACUUAAAACAUUUGGCACUCAGAAUUUGUCAGACUAUAGGUUAAGUCCAUUUUUAUUCAAAUAAUAUCAAUAUGGCCUUGGUUUUCUGAAAAAAAAAGUAGUUUGUAAACAUUUUUGAACCUGUUGUCAUUGAUUGCUCAUAGUUAAAGAUUUCAAAUUUUGGUCCAGAUUUUAAAUUAUAACUUGAUGUACAGCUGUUUCAGUUCUUUUACAUUUCCAUAUUUGUCUUAAAAAUUGCUGGUUUUGG